AUGAGCUUCAGUAACGUUACCGAGUUACCAGAGGAGCUGUGCAGCUUGUUGCGACUGAGGCAGUUACUCAUACGGUCGCAGUCUCUUCGCAAGCUGCCUAUUUCGUUGGAAUGUCUCAUCUCCCUGGAGCAUCUCUCUCUUCGCAACUGCGCUAUAGGCCAUCUCCCGAACGAUUUAGGCCAGCUUCGUAACAUCAAGUUCCUCACCCUAUCGUAUCUGCCAAGCCUAGCUUCACUUCCUGAAUCAAUCUGCCAACUGCCGGCCCUCUCACACCUUUCUCUUGACCACUGCCCCCGAUUCGCCAGGCUACCAGACAAUAUUUUCCAGCUGCCCGACCUAGAUACGCUGCAUCUAGACAAUCUGACUGCUCUCACCGCGCUUCCUGAUUCGUUCGGCCAGCUGCCCGCUGGCAAACCCUUGGGAUCUCCAGCCCUCCGGAGUCUCAAGAUCCACAGUUGCCCACGCCUAUCCUCGCUCCCUGACAAUAUCGGUCGGUUUUCCGCACUUCAGCAGCUGCAUCUGAAGUUCCUUGAUCAGCUUACGGCUCUUCCGGAUUCUUUGGGGUUGAUCACGGCGAUUAAGGAGUUGAAAGUGGUAGAGUGCGCCAAUCUUGAGGACCUCCCCGAGUCCGUAUUCGCCGUGAGAGCUCUUACAAGCCUUAUUCUUGACGGCUGCUCUUUCUCCGGCCUGCCCUGGGACAUCGGGCAGCUCCAGAACUUGGUCACUGUGAAGCUGUUUUCCACAAGCCUUUCUCACCUGCCUGACUCGUUCGGGCAGCUGGGGCAGCUGAAAGAGCUGACCAUUUACGAAUGCUACGACUUAUUUGAGCUCCCUGCUUCGUUCACCAACCUCUCUUCCUUAGAAACCCUACUCAUCUAUGGUGGAUCCUCGCUAAUAGACUUGCCUCUGGGUUUCGAGAAUCUGUCGGAGCUCCGUACACUAGAGCUGCUAAACUGCGCCAUGCCGUACCUCCCUGAUAGGUUCGGGGAGCUGCCGAACCUGGAGAUCCUCAAGCUUCAAACGACCGACACGUACAAAAGAAUCGGGGUUAACUUCGAACCUGCCCCACGGCCCGCUCAUCUGGGGUAUGAGAGCGAAGGCGAGGAGUUCCAACUGGACGGAUCCUGCUCCCUGCGUGGCCUUCCUGGAACCUUCAGCUUGCUCACGCGCCUGGAGCAGCUGAUCAUAGAUGGGUGUGAGAUGUUGGAGGAGCUUCCAAGCGGCAUGGGCAAUCUGUGCAGCCUCAAGGUGCUGAAAGUGGAGAAUUGCAAGCGGCUGAAGGUCUUUCCAUCCUUCUUGCCCCCUGCUGGGACUGAUGGCCAAGCUACAGGAUCUUCUGCUGCUGCUGCCACCUCCUCUGAUGCUGCUGCCUCCUCUGCUGCCAUCCCCCCUCCGCUGCCACUGCUUGAAGAACUGGUGAUCUCUUUCUGCCCGAAACUAGCAAACCUUCCAGAAGGCCUUCAUCUGCUGCCUAGGCUGAAUCAUUUCAUGCUCGAAGACUGCACCAGCUCGAAACUUGCCAACUGUAGCACCACCUCUCCUUCAUUACCCCCACUAGUAGCACCUAUCGCCCUUCCGCACUCUGUAGAGACCGUAAUCCUCUCAAACGUCUUCAAGUCAGCCCACUACCUCUCAGAAUCCUUCCUUUCCCUUGACCGACUUCUUCACUUGAACCUGUAUGACCUCCGAUCCCUCAAGCAGCUUAUAGCCCCCCCAGCCAUCGGCCUAACCGCGGACAAAGCCGAAGCUGAAGAGAAGGCUAUACCUCACACCCCUCUGCCUGAGCUUCCCAGGAUGCCUGGAUCGAUAGAGCAGGCUGGGUUGGGGCGCCUGUCGUCUCUGGUGCACCUUCACAUAGUCAACACCAACCUCCCCGCACUUCCGGAAAACCUAGGCGAUCUGAGGGAGCUGGCGGUGCUGCUGCUAGAAAAGUGCCAUGCCAUCACAUCCCUUCCCGCCUCCAUGGCUACCCUUCCCAAACUGCAGCAGAUCGAUCUCAAGUCCCUUCCUCUGCUGACUCACCUGCCCGAGAAUCUUGGGCAGUUGGAGGCCCUCAAUGAGUUGGGUUUGGAUUCAUGUAAAAGCUUGGAGAACCUUCCAUCUUCCUUCACUCUGCUCUCCUUCCUCAUAGUGCUCAGCAUCAUCAACUGUCCUAAGAUCACCUGUCUUCCAGAUUCCCUCUCCUCCUUCACCCGCCUUUCGUCCCUGAAACUCAAUCGUCUGCCCAAGUUACGUUUUCUCCCUUAUCCAUUUUCCCUCCCAUCACUUGUCCAAUUCUCGCUGCAAGGAUGCAAGGGUCUGAGGGCUCUGCCCAGCAACUUGGGCAGUUUGUCCUGUCUGAGGGAGGUGGAUCUGGACGGGUGUACUCAGCUGAAGGAGCUGCCACAAUCGCUGGUGGAUAGAGUGAAUGUGAUUGAAGUGAAGGGUUCUUGGGGAAAGAGCUGCUACUAA